GGGGAGCCUUGAGGUGGGCGGAGCUUGCCCCAGCGGGUGGUGCGUGCGCCCGGAUUGGCUCUGCUGAAGGCAGUGACGUGGCCGAAGAGACCUGUUUGCUUCUGAACUCUGGAUUGGCCGUGGCGGAAGCGGAAGUGGAGGAAAGAUGCAGGACCAUCAGCACGUGCCCAUCGACAUCCAGACCGGCAAGCUGCUCGACUGGCUGGUGGACCGGCGCCACUGCAACCUGAAAUGGCAGAGCCUGGUCCUGACCAUCCGGGAGAAGAUCAACACUGCCAUCCAGGACAUGCCAGAGAGCGAGGAGAUCACCCAGCUGCUCUCUGGGUCCUACAUUCACUACUUCCACUGCCUGAGGAUUGUGGAUCUUCUCAAAGGCACUGAGGCCUCCACAAAGAACAUAUUUGGCCGGUACUCUUCCCAGCGGAUGAAGGACUGGCAGGAGAUCGUAGCCCUGUAUGAGAAGGACAACACCUACUUAGUGGAACUCUGCAGCCUCCUGGUUCGCAACAUCAACUACGAGCUGCCCUCCCUAAGGAAGCGGAUCACCAAGUGCCAGCAGCUGCAGCGCGAGUACAGCCGCAAGGAGGAGGAGGGCCUGGCGGGGGCAGCCUCUCAGCGAGAGCACUUCCGGCAUGCGUGCAAGCAGUACGGCAUCACGGGAGACAACGUCCGGAGGGAGCUGCUGGCCCUGAUCAAGGACCUGCCGAGCCAGCUGACCGAGAUUGGGGUGGGGGCGCAGUCCCUGGGUGAAGCCAUCGAGCUGUACCAGGCCUGUGUGGGCUUCGUAUGUGAGAGUUCAGAAGAGCAGGUGCUGCCCAUGCUGCGGUUCGUGCAGCGGCGGGGAAACUCGACAGUAUAUGAGUGGAGGACGGGCACAGAACCCACCGUGGUGGAGCGGCCGAGCCUGGAGGAGCCUCCCGAGCCGGUGGAGGAGGAUGCGAUCGACUGGGGCGACUUUGGGGUGGAGUUGGACCCUGGCAUCUCUGCUGAGGCUGCUGGCAUCAACUGGGGCAUCUCCCUGGACUCAGAGUCCAAGGGCUGCAGACCUCACUGUGGGCAGGAAGCCGUCCUUGAACCUGUUCUGCUGGCUCCCCUGGCCGGGAAUUCUCCCAACCUCACUGGCUCUGUUGCUGUCCAUGCAGGAACUGGGGGGCGACGGGGUAGACUGGGGCGACGCCGACCCUGUGGCUCUGCAGAUCACAGUGCUGGAGGCGGGGACCCAGGCCCCAGAAGGUGUGGCCAGAGGCCCAGACGCCCUGAGUCUGUUGGAGUUCCCGGAGACGCGGAACCAGUUCAUCGACGAGCUCAUGGAGGUUCUGUCACCCGGAGGGCCUUCCUGGGGGCAUGGAGGACACCCUGUCUAGUCGCCUCCCUGUCCUCUCCUGUCACCGGGGGUCCUGCCAGUCUCCGGCCCAUGAGACAGAGUCCUUGACCCCAGGAGCUCAGGUCCCGGUGGGAAAGGCCGACCGGAAUCGACAGUGCUGCAUGGGAGAUGGCGCCGAGAAACACAGGAUGCCGGGAAGCCUGUAGUUUCACGGCUGGGGCUCAGGGUACAGAUGUGGACGUACUGCCCACAUGGGCCACAGGAGGCUGCUAGGCUAAGCAAAGUGAACUGGGGAGUGGACGGGGGCAGAGAGGUGGGUGGGCUUUGAGUUGACUCAGGGCACCAGGAAGCUGUCGGGUUGGGGCAGGUUCUGAGCUGAGACCUCAUGGGUGGUGACAUUGGAUCCCAUGGCUAAGGAGGAGCGGUGAGAGGGGCCAGGGUUCCUGGGCUUGGGAAGAUGGGGGCUGUGGCCUGUGUCCCCUGCUCUUAGGUCGCAGCUGUUGAGUUUCUAGCAACAACAGUAUCCGGAGGAGACCCUGCUUCACCCGGAGUGUGGCCCUCACGAUGCACAUUGGAAUGACCUGGGGCUGCCUUUCUGAAUUUGCUUCCUGGUCCGAACUCCCUCCUCCUCUGC